AGUUAAUGAGAGUAAAGUUGCAAGAAGAAAUUCCAGUUCGGUCGUCGGCGAGGCUGCACGGUGUGAAACUCAGCCAGUCUGUGUUCGACAAUGAGUCCGUAAUGAGUACGCCCAAGAAGCCCCGACGAGGCACCAAGAACAGAGAGAGCCGGACUACUGUUAAGUACUCCUCCGAGCUUGGUUCACUAGAAGAGGAGCUCGGCCCGGAAGCAUCAAUAAAAAGCGGCUCCGGUAGAGCAGCAAGGACUCCAUCGAAGCCCAAGCCCAAAGCUAAAGCCCGACCGCAGGCUGUCCGAACUGAGGGGCUACCAAGUGCUUGUAAGCCCCCUAGUACUCCACCAGUAGUCGGCCAAGGAUCCGCCGUCACGGAGAUCGAGCGUACGCGUACUCCGAGAGGAAAGAAAAGAAAAAGUGUCAAUACGAGGAAGGUACGCAAGGCGAUCUCUAAGGAGUCGGGGGUCCACUCCAAUAAGUCGAAAUCUCGCGGAGUGCGUGUUGUCGUAGAAGAGGUGCGGAAGGCAGUUGUCGCCGAACCACUUGCUCGCGAAGGAGCUCAGCCAGAGGGCAAAGAAGAGACUUCUUCUCCAACCGAAAAGCGAUCGCAGUGGUUACCGAAAAGUCACCGACGGAAGUUCGUCAUUCCCAGGAGGCGCUAUGCGAGGAAAUCGCGCGGAGGCGGCGGUCCAGGGAUCCUGGGCGGGGCGGUCCCUAUGGGGCUGAUGGCAGCGGGAGUCGUGUCUGGCAUGCUCAUGGCUUACUUCUAUCCCGCCUUCCGAGAGCUGCCCAACCGGAUGUACUGAUAUAUAAGCAUGUCGAUUGCGAACACUACUAUGUAUAGUUAUGGUCACGCGAGAGAUGUAUUCUUCCAAUACAUUUUCUGACAAUGAAAGCUGAUAGCAGUUAGCC